ACGGCGGCGGCGGCGGCGGCGGCGGCCCCGGUCCCGGCCACCAUCAGAUUUUCAGGGUGGACCUAUUGAUCACCUGUAAUAUGCGUGAACUUGUAUGCGUGAACUUUUUAAAGAAGAUCUUCAGUUCAUCGGAGAACUUUUUAAGGAAAUGAAGCAUCAAUGAUUCUUAUUUCUUUAUCCCGAGUUACGUCAGCCAACUAAAGGAUAUAUUUAGAAGAUUCCCAAAUACAGAGUCCAAGUUUUUUUUUUGUUGAAAAAUUGUAAACGUCUUAAAUUUAUGGACAUUUACAAAAAGAUAGAUUCUUGUUUGUUAUGCCGUCGGCGGAAUUAAAGGGAAGAGAAACGAGAAGGAACAUUUAAAAAGAAACAGAAUGAGGGAGCCUGGUGAAAGGGCAGUGUAAACGCCGAUGAGGAUAACUCUGUGAUGGUCAAAAAACAUUUUUGUUCACGAGACUGACGUUGAGAAGAGAAGACUUGGGUUAAUGUAGCUCGCGGCCAAAGAACUUGUAAUCAUUGACAUGUGUAGGAGAAAAAGGAAAAUAAGCAACUUUUUAUUGAUUUUUACAAGGGACGUGAGAUCCCCUUUUUAUGCCUUUUGUCGUUAAGGUUUUUUUUGUGACAUAAAAUUGACUGAGAUUUCACCAGAUUUAAAGUAAGUCAGAUGUCAGCAAACAACUCCCCUCCAUCCUCACAGAAGUCUCUUUCACCUGCAUCUCCUCUGCCUGUGCUUCCAGCCCCUUCUCCAUCUUCAAGUCCGCAGACGGGGCUCUCCGCCCGAUUAUCCAAUGGAAGCUUCAGUACCCAGUCUCUCACUAAUUCCAGGGGCUCGGUGCACGGGAUCUCAUUUCUACUGCAGAUCGGCCUCACCAGGGAGAGUGUUACCAUUGAAACUCAGGAAUUAUCCCUCUCUACCAUCAAGGAUCUCGUGUGCUCCAUUGUUUAUCAGAAGUUCCCAGAGUGUGGUUUCUUUGGCAUGUAUGACAAAAUCCUCCUCUUUCGCCACGAUCUGAACUCAGAAAAUAUUUUGCAGCGGAUUACCUCAGCAGAAGAGAUUCAUGAAGGAGACCUAGUGGAAGUUGUUCUUUCAGCUUUGGCAACAGUAGAAGACUUCCAGAUCCGUCCACACGCACUCUAUGUGCAUUCGUACAAAGCUCCUACUUUUUGUGACUAUUGCGGUGAAAUGCUUUGGGGAUUGGUACGUCAAGGUCUAAAAUGCGAAGGCUGUGGAUUAAACUACCACAAACGAUGCGCCUUCAAGAUCCCAAAUAACUGCAGUGGAGUAAGAAAAAGACGUUUGUCAAAUGUGUCUCUGCCGAGCCCCGGACUUUCAGUUCCAAGACCAGUACAAGCAGAAUGUGCAGCCUUACCCAGUGAGGAGGCACAUUUCCACCAGGAACCGAGUAAGAGAAUUCCCUCCUGGAGUGGCCGUCCCAUCUGGAUGGAAAAGAUGGUAAUGUGCAGAGUGAAAGUUCCCCACACGUUUGCCGUUCAUUCCUACACGCGCCCCACAAUAUGCCAGUAUUGUAAGCGCCUGCUGAAGGGUCUCUUUCGCCAAGGAAUGCAGUGCAAAGAUUGCAAAUUCAACUGUCACAAACGCUGUGCGUCAAAAGUACCUAGAGACUGUCUUGGAGAAGUGACUUUCAAUGGAGAACCUGCCAGCGUGGGAACAGAUGUGGAUAUGCCCAUGGACAUCGACAGCAGCGACGUGCAUAGCGAUGGUAGCCGGGGCUUAGAUGACACCGAAGAGUCGUCUCCUCCCGAAGACAAGUUGUUCUUCCUAGAUCCCUCUGACCUGGAUGUAGACAGAGAUGAAGAAACUCUCAAAACUAUCAGCCCAUCGACGAGCAAUAAUAUUCCACUUAUGAGGGUUGUACAGUCGAUUAAACACACAAAGAGGAAGAGCAGCACGAUGGUAAAGGAAGGAUGGAUGGUUCACUAUACCAGCAGAGACAAUCUGAGAAAGCGGCAUUAUUGGAGACUAGACAGCAAGUGCCUCACAUUGUUUCAAAAUGAGUCUGGAUCAAAGUAUUACAAGGAAAUCCCACUUUCAGAAAUUCUCCGAGUGUCACUGCCGCAGGAUUUCACGAACAUUUCACAAGGGAGCAACCCACACUGCUUCGAGAUCAUCACCGACACCAUGGUGUACUUUGUCGGCGAGGACAACGGGAGCAACUAUCACAGUCCGGUUUUUGCCGCCACUGGAGUCGGACCUGACGUAGCUCAGAGCUGGGAGAAAGCCAUCCGUCAGGCUCUCAUGCCAGUUACUCCUCAAGCUAGCGUUGGCACUUCUCCGGGACAAGGAAAAGAUCACAAGGAUUUGUCUAUCAGUAUUUCUGUCUCCAAUUGCCAGAUCCAAGAGAAUGUGGAUAUCAGUUCCGUCUAUCAGAUCUUUGCUGAUGAAGUACUUGGUUCGGGCCAGUUUGGUAUUGUGUAUGGAGGAAAGCACAGGAAGAGUGGAAGAGAUGUGGCUAUCAAAGUAAUUGAUAAAAUGAGAUUCCCCACAAAACAGGAAAGUCAGCUUCGGAAUGAGGUAGCCAUUCUGCAGAAUCUGCACCAUCCUGGGAUUGUAAAUCUGGAAUGUAUGUUUGAAACCCCCGAGCGAGUCUUUGUGGUCAUGGAAAAGCUGCAUGGAGACAUGCUAGAGAUGAUCCUUUCCAGUGAGAAGAGCCGACUUCCAGAACGCAUCACCAAAUUCAUGGUCACACAGAUACUUGUCGCUUUAAGGAGUUUACACUUUAAGAAUAUCGUGCACUGUGAUUUAAAACCAGAAAACGUGCUCCUGGCCUCAGCAGAGCCAUUCCCUCAGGUGAAGCUGUGUGACUUUGGUUUUGCGCGCAUCAUAGGGGAAAAGUCCUUCAGGCGAUCUGUUGUGGGAACCCCGGCGUAUCUGGCACCUGAGGUUCUGAGAAGCAAAGGUUAUAAUCGCUCUCUGGACAUGUGGUCGGUAGGAGUCAUUGUCUACGUGAGCCUCAGUGGCACGUUUCCGUUUAAUGAAGAUGAAGAUAUAAAUGACCAAAUCCAAAAUGCUGCAUUUAUGUAUCCACCGAAUCCAUGGAAAGAUAUUUCUGGUGAAGCCAUAGAUUUGAUUAACAACUUGCUUCAAGUAAAGAUGAGAAAACGAUACAGUGUUGAUAAAUCGCUAAGUCAUCCCUGGCUACAGGAUUAUCAGACUUGGCUUGACCUUAGAGAAUUUGAAACCCGCAUCGGAGAGCGCUACAUUACACACGAGAGUGACGACGCUCGCUGGGAAGUACAUGCCAGUGAGCACCACCUCGUCUAUCCCAAGCAUUUCAUUAUGGCCCCCAAUCCAGAUGAUAUGGAAGAGGACCCUUAAGUUUCGGCUGAUGCACUUCGCGUGGUAAAGAGCCGCGCCUGGGAACCGCCGACGCUUUUCUGGACCAACUGAUGCUCUUUGUGCCCAUUGUAGGCGACAGGUCUACAGACUGGGAGAAAAUGUGGUGUGGUGUCAAUACUGUAAUUAGUGCAGUGACCAGGUACAGAAGAAGAUACUGAAAAUUACGAUUACCACCGGGAAAUCAGGCUGAAGAAUUGGUGUGAGCUUUCCAGAAAUCCUCUGUAACAUAUGUAAUGAUAUGUGGAUUUUAUUUUUUAACGCCCUAGUCCUUCACUUCCUAGAUUUUCCUGGCACUCACACACUCCUUUUCUUGUUUAUACAUUCCCGAAAAGUUCACUAGGAUCCUAAAUCCAAGCUUCACAUAGUUUGACCAAAUAACUGAAAACGUGGUAGCGAUUAGGGCUAUUUUAUAACGCUGGUUAAUUAUGAUCGGUCGGGUUUGUAUUUAAGAGAACUUGGAGAGGCCGUCAGAAUUCUUUUGCGAGGGUUUUAAACGUUCAAGUGUUCGUUACAGUAGUAAGGGCUUUCCUUCAGCUGCUCAGACUGAAUCGAUGAAUGGUAUUUAUUGAGUGCUUACUGUGUGCGGAGCACUGUACUAAGAAGCGCUUGGGAAAGUACAAUGCAAUAGAGUUGCUAGACACAAUCCCUGCCCACAAGGAGCUUCUAGACGACAGGGGACAACGGUAACUUAUUUCACUUUCUCUUUGACGGCGUUUGAGCACCCAGGUGCUAUAUUAACUGUGUAUCGUUUUCGUAGAUUAUAUAUCUGGAUGCUUAACCGUCCGUGUUUUGGCGGGAUUGUAUGACCUCGUUGUUAACCACAGUUGGCGUACCUUCCCAAUCUCCUGCCUAAAGCAUCAGUGGGUUUAACUAGAAUGAAAAAAAACAGGUAUAGUAAUCCGCUUUUCCGUGCUACAGUCCGUAGUGAUUAUUUAAAUAAUGCCAGGGGUACAGUUGGGACAUUUCUCGGCACCUGGGGUGCACCUUGAUGGCAGACUCAAAAGAGAGAAUUGCAGUAGCUUCCCAUGCUUUCAUUCGCAAGAAACUCUGGGUCAUUUUCUCCUUGGGGAAGUUUCCCUAAGGGGAAAUGGUUUCGUGGGCGAACUCCCCAAUAAUUAACUUAAAUUUAAGGAAGCUGCAUGUGCACUCCCCAUUUUUUUUCCCCCUCCCCUCCCAUCUCCCACCAACCUGGUACAGGAGUUUGCUACUCUUGGGGAACCGUCAGGGACUCCUAAAACUUUUAACAAAGGUAGCGGGCAAGAAUGAAACGGCCGCUUCUUUCCUUAGUCUGGCUGAAGUGCUGUGAAGCCAUCUGGACCAUUUCGAGGGUGACCUUAUACGCUUAAUGGAAUUGGAAGCUCUAAAACAUUUUCACUUUCACCCCUGGGGUUAAUUCUAAAGUAGUCUGCUUGCCUCUGCAUCUUUGAUUAAUCUAGCACCAGCAAAUGCUAGAGAAUGAGACUGUGCGUUACAUGAAGGCCAUAUUGGCGGGGAGGAGGGAGACAGUGUGCGUGUGUGUGAGUUGUGGGGCGAUGGAGAUGAGCCAAGUAAGGUUAACAUCACCCUAACUGCAUAGUACAUCUUAAUAAGGGGAAAGUUGGAAAAAUCCAGCAGACGUUUUCUUUUUGGGUGACCUCCGGAAGCGUGUCAAGUGGCUAAACCGCCCCCCUCGCCCCCAAACCAUUUUUUAAAAAGCUACAUUCAGUUGCUUUGUAGAGAUUCCCACUUUAGUUCCAUAUUUAAACACGACAUUUCGAACGAUCUGCUCCAGAAGCACUUGACGGUCUUUGCCGCCCUCCCCGAACGAGGGAGAUGACAUUUUAACCACUAGAGUUCCAAUUUAAUCAGGUUGACCGCCGUGGUAGGAGAUUCCGCGGCUCUUCGAAGCUGGGUAUCCCAUCCAUCUCGUAAUAUUUCUCAGUCUCGUUCAGCUACCUAAUUCAGGUGUGGAGGGCAUCAGAUUAAUUCACCACAUUCUCCGUCGAAAAACUCAAAGACACAUUCCCCAAAUCCUCCAGUUAGUCGUCGUCUUAGCACAAAAUUGGGAAUUGGGAAACCAGAUUAGGGUUAGGAGGCACAGGAAACAGGGCAGUUUUGUGCUUCUGAUCCUCUUGACACUAAGUGGAUGGAUUUAAAUGGAGGAUUAGGUGAACGUCACCAGAAACCCAAUGGUGGUUUUAUUGCCUGAUAAAGUGAAAAAUAACUGGAACGUUAGUUGUUUUCUGUACGUGAGUCAUCGGCCAAAAACUUACAGGUCAUGAAUUGCACUCUGACUUUUAGUUGAAACCCAAAGUUUUUUUAAAAAGAUUCCGAUUCUUUGUUAAAUCACUGUCAGGUAACUUGGGAGUUCAGUUGCUCCAGAUGCUAAAUUACCUGCAUAACCUUGGUUGUUCUGAUCUAAAAGGUUGUUUUUGUAUGAGAUGUUUUUUAGAAUAGCUAAUGUAAAAUGUGCAGCCUAAAAUGACACUGUUCAGUGCUUUUUUUUAUAUUUUUUUUACAUUCCCUUGUCUGUAAAUAACUUUGGAAAUAAACUAUUUCCCUAUCUUAACCUUUUCCAGUGGGAAAACCUGAACUAUCAUUCUAAUCUCUAAUAGAGUGCCAAGACUAACAAUCUUUUCGUUUGUCUCGUUUGGGCUUCAGGAUUGGGGAAAUAGCACUAUUCUGUAUUUGUAACCGUAACUUUUGCUACAGACCUAGGUGAAGCUUCGACAGUACAAAAACCCUGAUGCUUUUUACAAUCCUGCUGAGUUUUUUUUUUUUUUUAGAAAAUAAAGACCGUGUACGUAU